AUGCACAGCCCACUGGAACGCAUCGAUGAACACCAAUCAGAAUCCGCAUGGGAGAAUUACCCCUCUCAUAGAAGAUCAUCUCCAGUCCUGGGAAGACAAUCUCCAGUCCUCGGAAGAUCAUCCCCAGACUCGCUGAGCAGCGACUCCACAGGAUGGACCAACGCGUCCACUCUCAGAACCCAGCCGCCCUCGCUUUUUGAUGAGCGAAAGAUCCAGCCCCAGAUCACCGGUUUCCAAAGCAUCAGUGACGAUGCCAGCACACUUGCAGCCCUUCCACAAUCGCCAUGGGGUGUCCAUUGGAAGUCCCCAACGUUGAUGGUGUCGCUGUUCACGCUUGGCGUAAGCUUCUGCGUCGCGCAUCAUCUCUUCUACGGAUAUCUUGACGGUACUGCUGUCGGAUCUUCUGAAUCACAACAAUGGGCCAUCCGUGCUGGAACGGCCCUCGCACUUCUUGCAAAGGCUUUUCUGGCAGCAUCCGUUGGUGUGGCGCUCACCCAAAGGCUCUGGAUGACGUUGAGAGCCAAGCCAUUCUCUAUCCAAGGUCUUGACAAUGCCUUUUCCUUGCCAGCGGAUCCUACGUCUCUCUUUUCCGGAGAGGUUAUGGGACAUGCGAAGCUCUUGUGGUUGAUGGCUGCUGCUAUGUGGUGCAUUCCGAUCAUUGCUACCGUCACCCCUGCGACGCUGACAGUCAACCUCGGAUUGUCAAUCAACAUCACAAGCGCAAGGGUUCCAUCUCUGAGCUAUGAAAAUGGCGCUAGCUGGGGACAGUACGAUGACGAGCAACGCUUGAUCGGCGCCGCCAUUCCGUUGCAUAGGAUACUUGCCGCAACUGCUACCACCGGCGACGUCGUUCGCAUGUCGGCUCCUUUCUCAAACUCCUCUUACACGACGAGCUUCUUCGGUCCAUCCCUUCAGUGCUACAACCUGAGCGCUGUCUAUGUGGACCCGAGCGACGUGGCAGUUGUAGCACAACACAAGGAAGUCUUCCAGUCCGUCAUCGAAUCCAAUAUGCAACGAUCCAACGCAGCAUGGGAUUCCCACCACAUCUACCUCGGUGCCACCUCGAACGCAUCCAACCUGUCCUCCACCAUCUUCAUCAACGUCCAAGGAGCUCAAGAGCACAACAUUACCUGCAACCUCUGGCAAACAGCCUACACCGUCAAGCACUCCUUCCCCGCCAACGGCGCCCACACCGCAACCAUCAUGGGCCUUAACCGCACCUCCGCCGUGCAGAUCGCCGGCGGCAACAACGCAUCCGCGUACACGCCCGAGCAAACCGCCUUCUACAGCUGGACGACCGCGCUCACCUCCCUCCUCGCCACGCGCAUCGCCAACCCCUCCUCCAACUCCUCCGCCUCCAACAACCCCCUCGCCGCCCCCCUCCUCAACACCAACCUCGCCUCCUGCCCCGAGCUCCUCACCACCCUCAACCAAACCUCGUCCUCCCCCAGCGCCGCCGCCUCCACCCGCCCCUGCCGCGCGGGCACCCUCCUCCACGCCCUCGAAGACCUGUCCUACAACUACACCCUCUCCCUCCUCUCGUCCGCCCCCACCUCCGGCUCCACCACCGCCGAGCUCACCACGCGCCGGCCCCUCAACAUCUACUCCUACGCCCCGCUCCCGCUGCUCGCCGCGUACGGCACGGCCACCUGCGUCGCCCUGCUCUGCCUGCUGGCUGGCGCGCGCGCGUACGUCGCGAACGGGUUCAGCGGGAGCCGGUCGUUUUCGGCGAUACUGCUGACGACGCGCAACACGGAUUUGGAUCGGUUGGUCGAGGGGCACUGUUUGCCGGCGCGGCCGGUGGAGAAGGGGUUGCGGGGGACGAAGUUAAGGUAUGGGACGUUGGCGGCGAAGGAGAAGAGUGUGGCCGGGCAGGAGCAUGCGGGGUUUGGGUUUGUGGGGACGGUGAGGACGGUGAGGAGGGGGGACGUUUGUGCGUGA